GUGAAAAUCUCUCUCUCUCUCUCUCUCUCUCUCUCUCUCUCUCUCUCUCUCUCUCUCUCUUCCAUCCUCCAUGCUUAUGCAGAUCUUGAGCUUUCAUUGAUUAACACGUUGAGCAUCAUUUUCUCUCAUCCAAGCUCUGCACUGCAAUCAAGAGAUGGGCUACUCAUUAUUCUUCUCAGCCACCGGAUCCACCAUUAACCUCAGUAGCUUCGCUCUUUUGCUUGUGCUCUUCCUCUCUUGCUCCACUUUCACUUCCAUCGAAGCCUAUGAUGCGCUUGAUCCAAAUGGCAAUAUCACAAUAAAAUGGGACAUAAUAAACUGGACACCAGAUGGCUAUGUUGCUGUGGUUACAAUGUAUAAUUUCCAGCAGUAUCGCCAUAUUCAAUCACCAGGUUGGACCUUGGGGUGGUCAUGGUCAAAGAAGGAAGUAAUCUGGAGCAUGGUAGGAGCUCAGACUACAGAGCAAGGGGAUUGUUCGAAGUUCAAGGGGAACAUUCCACAUUGCUGUAAGAAGGAUCCUACAGUUGUUGAUUUAAUGCCUGGCACUCCUUACAACCAGCAGAUUGCAAAUUGCUGCAGAGGGGGAGUAAUGAAUUCGUGGGCUCAGGACCCUGCAACUGCAGCAAGCUCAUUCCAGCUCAGUGUAGGUGCUGCAGGAACGACUAACAAAACUGUUAGGGUGCCAAAAAACUUCACACUGAAAGCUCCAGGACCUGGAUAUACUUGCGGACCUGCAAAGAUUGUGAAACCAACCAAAUAUAUCACUCCUGAUAAAAGAAGAGUCACCCAGGCUCUGAUGACCUGGAAUGUUACUUGCACAUAUUCACAAUUUUUGGCUCAGAAGACGCCAACCUGUUGUGUUUCUCUCUCGUCCUUUUACAAUGACACGAUAGUAAGCUGCCCAACUUGUGCUUGUGGCUGUCAAAACAACAUAACAGAACCCGGGAGCUGUGCGGAUUCCAAUUCUCCAUUUUUAGCUUCAGCUGUUUCUGGUCCUGGCAAAUCUACCAAUGCUCCACUUCUCCAGUGUACUAGCCAUAUGUGUCCAAUCCGAGUUCAUUGGCAUGUUAAACUCAACUACAAAGAGUACUGGCGUGUGAAGAUCACAGUCACGAACUUCAAUUACAGGAUGAAUUACUCACAAUGGAAUUUAGUUGUGCAACACCCAAAUUUUGAUAAUCUCACCCAGAUUUUCAGCUUUAAUUACAAACCGUUAACUCCUUAUGAAGGCUUAAAUGAUACUGCCAUGUUAUGGGGAGUGAAGUUCUACAAUGACUUUCUCUCAGAAGCUGGUCCUCUUGGGAAUGUUCAGUCGGAGUUGCUAUUCAGAAAGGAUGCAUCAACCUUUACAUUCGAAAAGGGAUGGGCCUUUCCUCGUAGGAUAUAUUUCAAUGGUGAUAACUGUGUCAUGCCACCUCCAGAUUCAUAUCCUUGGUUGCCAAAUGGCAGUCCUGGGCAGACCUUUUCCUUCCUUGGUCCAGUCAUGGCGAUGUUUGUGUCUGUUGUUUUACUACUGGUUCACACAUGAUGAUUCAUCUCAGCCAGGACUCCAAAACCAAUGGGCUCCGGCAUGUAAGAGAUCCCAACAGGUUUCGACAGAACUGAAGCUUAUGCAAUCCGGUUGCUGUGAUUAAUGUGUUGGUUUUUAAGUAAACAUGCUGGAAGGGUAUCCGGGUGCGCUAUAGCCUUCGAUACAGAAUUGUCCUGAUUUUAUUUAUUUUAUACGUUGAGGUUUAGAAUUGCUGCAUAUUUUUUUUUGUUCAGAGUUAGUUCUUUUCUGUAAUUUUAUUUAUAUUAUACACCUCAUCAAUUUGUUUGUGGAAUGUCCAAGAUCGUUGAAAGCAUUGUAAUGAAGAACUUCAUGCAGAAAUGAUUUGAUAUAUGGAUAUGUUCCCAGAA